AUGGAUGGGAAAGCUGUGACACCGACUCUAGACAACGACACCAGACCAGCAACACCGCAUAACUUUGCACCAUCCCCCUCAUUUAGAUGGCUAUGCGAUGAGCUAUUUGUGAAAUUAGAAAGGAUUCAACAAGCUUCCACUUCUAAGGCCUCUAAAGAAUUCCAAAAGCCUAUAAAUGUCCAAUAUUAUGAAGUCAUUCAACAUUUCAUUAAUCUAUGGAGGAAAACUGUAGGGAAUGAUAUUUAUCCUGCAUUGAUUUUAAUCCUCCCAUACCGUGAUAGAAGAAUAUAUAACGUUAGAGAUUAUACUUUGAUUAAGGCAAUAUGUUCAUAUUUGAAAUUACCUAAGAAUUCAUUUACUGAAAAAAGAUUACUAAGUUGGAAACAACGUGCUGGAAGAUCAGUUAGACUAUCUAGUUUCAUCGUUAGUGAAAUCAAGAAAAGGAAAAGUGAACCACAAGUCGGUACAAGGGAGGAAAUUACAAUCGAUAAGUUAAAUCAAUGUCUAGAUUCGUUAUCUGAAGAAAGAAAUAGUAAGGGAAGCAUGGGUUAUAGAGGGUUAUCAGAUUCACCAACAUUCGUAUUUUGUUUAGAGAAUAUGACAUUUGUUGAACUUCAAUUCUUUUUCGAUAUUAUUUUGAAAAGUAGAGUUAUCGGUGGUCACGAACAUAAGUUCUUAAAUGUUUGGCAUCCUGAUGCUCAAGACUACUUAAGCGUAGUGAGUGACUUGAAAACUGUAGCAAAUAAACUCUGGGAUCCUGCUGUCCAUUUGAAAAAUGAUGAUUUAACUAUUAAUGUCGGCUCUCCCUUCGCCCCACAAUCAGCAAAGAAACUUUCCAUAUCAUAUGAGAAGAUCUGCGCUAAAUUGAAACAUGAUUUUUUCAUUGAAGAGAAAAUGGACGGUGAGAGAAUUCAAUUACACUACCAGGAUUAUGGGAAUAAAUUGAGCUUUUUGAGCAGACGAGGAACAGAUUAUACUUACCUUUACGGCGAAAGCAUUAAAGAUGGAACGGUUUCAAAAUACUUACAUCUUGAUAAUAAUGUUCAAAAUUGUGUCCUAGAUGGUGAAAUGGUCACAUUUGAUAAAGAAAGAAAUGCUCUCCUACCAUUCGGUUUGGUUAAAAGUAGCGCAAGGAGUAUCAUUACACAGGAAGGUGUGGCUAAUGAAGGUUAUCGUCCAUUGCUCAUGGUUUUUGAUCUCGUUUAUCUUAACGGAGUGUCGUUAGUUAAUAUUCCUUUGUAUCAAAGAAAGCUAUAUUUAGAAAAAAUCUUUACUCCAGAAAGGCAUAUUGUCGAACUACUCCGAUCAAAACGUUGUUCAGAUGAAAGAUCAAUAAAAAACGCUUUGGAACAUGCUAUAUCAAUAGGAUCAGAAGGUGUUGUGUUGAAACAUUAUAAUUCCCGAUAUACUGUUGCAAGUAGAAAUGAUGAUUGGAUUAAAGUAAAGCCUGAAUAUUUGGAACAAUUUGGUGAAAAUAUGGAUUUAAUUGUCAUUGGAAAAGAUCCGGGUAAAAAGGAUUCUUUAAUGUGUGGUUUAGCAGUUGUUGAGGAAGAUGAACCAGAAAUUGAUGAAGAUGGAAAUGAGAUCGUUAAUCUAGACUCUCAGGACAGUAUAGGUGAGGGGGAAGAUAAAGAAGGAAAUGAAAUAGAAAGGGAGAAAACAAUCAAGAGAUUUGUCUCGUUCUGUUCCAUUGCGAAUGGUAUUUCCCAAGAAGAAUUCAAGUACAUAGGUAGGAUAACAAAGGGGUGUUGGAAAAAAAGUGAUGAGAUACCACCACCUAGUGAUCUCUUAGAAUUUGGGAGUAGAGUCCCUGCAGAAUGGAUUGAUCCUAAAGACUCUAUUGUUAUAGAAGUAAAAGCAAGGUCAUUAAAUAACGAUGAGGAAGCCACUAAGAAAUUUAAAACGGGCAUUACGCUAUAUGGUGGGUAUUGUAGGCAAAUCAGGGAGGACAAAGAUUGGAAAACAUGCUACACUUUGUCCGAGCUUAGAAGAAUGAAAAGAUUUAAAUUAGGUAGUAACAAGAGAGCCAACAAUGAUGCUACACAUGCUCUGGACAGUUCUAAAAGAAGAAAGGCUCGUAGGAUUGAUUAUGGCUUUGAAAAAUAUUUUGAGCAAACGCCUACGACUUUGGACCAAUCUAGAAUAUUUGAUGGGUUAUAUUUUUACGUUAUCUCAGAUGUAGUUGAUGCUACAGGUUCUAGGGUGUCAAGGGAAGAAUUAUAUGACAAGAUAUUAAAUAGAGGGGGUGUCAUUGUUCACAAUGUUAUAGCAAAGCACCAUGGGGAAAACCAAUUUAGAAUUUUAUGUGGGAAGUACACUGCUGAAUGCCAAUCAUUGAUUGAUAGAGGUUAUGAUAUCAUUGAACCACAAUGGGUCUUAGAUUGCAUAAAAGAUGAUAUGUUAUUAAAGUUAGAACCUAAAUAUUGCUUUAAUGUAUCAGAAGAGUUAAUGAAGAUUGCCAAAAGACGAGUUGAUGGAUUUGGAGACAGUUUUGAAGCACAAAUCUCGGAAGAUUCGUUUUCUAGAUUAAUAGAGAGGAACGUUCGGUCAUUGAGAAAUGCUCCACCAUCUAUUCAGUAUGAUAUGGUAGAUACUGUUCCCUUAUUUUUGUUCUAUGGUAGGACGAUCUUGUUAAGAAUUAAAGAUAAAGCCCUCUUUACCAAAUUGAAAGUCCAAAUUAGAUUGUAUGGCGGUAAGACUACGGGCGACUUGGCUUCUUGUAAUUUAGUUGUUAUUCAACAGAAUGAGAUAGCAGUUGCAAAAGAUGUUCGAUCCUCGUUGUUAAAACUUACAAGUGAUACUGAUAAGCCACCAGUACUACCUUAUAUUGUAACCCCCGAAUGGAUUGAUUCCUCCAUUUCUGAAGGUUGUCAAGUACCUGAAGAAGACCAUCCAGUUGUAUAA